AUGCGCCCGCCGCCCCUGGCGCCGUGGUGCCUCGCGGCAGCGCUGCUGGGCGGCCGGCCGCUGCGGGGCCUGGCGCAGGACGAGCCGGGGCCCGCCGCCGUGAUUUCCACCGAGGGCCUCUCGGAGCCCGAGCUGCGGGACGCCCUCGGCGCGCUCCUGGGCCACGCGGACGGGGCGGUGAGGCAGGCCGCCGAGGCGGCCGUCCGGGGCGCCGCGCCGCCCGAGCGGCCCGCGGCGCCGCCCUGGUACUGCGACCCGCAGCGCGGCUACCCCUACGCGCUCUUCGCCCUGGAGCUCGCCGGCAUCGCGCUGCUCGUGGCCGCCUGGGAGACGGCGUGGCUCGGGAGCAGCCUCGCCCUCGGCGGCGGCUGCUUCCGCCGCCUGCGGUGGUCCAGGCGGGACCCCCCCGCCGCGGGCGACAUGGGCACGUCCCUCGGGCGCGACGCAAAGCAGCCAGCGCAGCGCGCGGCCUGGGGCCGGCCGCAGAUCGACCAGUUCUGGGCGGCCCUCGAGGCCGUGCCCGGCUCCGCCCCGAAGGACGAGGAGGAGCACGACGAGGUCUUCUUCUCGAGGAAGUACUUCGCGGGCAGGGUCGGCGGCUGCGCGCGCAUCGACGUGCGCCGGAAGGGGUGCGUCCUGCAGCCGCUCACCGUGCGGACGAAGGCGUACGAGCCCACCGCGUCCAACUAUGCCGCCAAGGCGGGCAGGGACUUCCAGCCGUUCGAGCGGGACAUCCACUUCGCGGCGGGGCAGACGUGCCAGACUUUCGAGAUCGAGCUCCCGCGCAGCAGGGCGUCGUGGGCUCCGACGGCGUGGUUCCGCGUGGAGCUGGCGGCCGUCGUCUCCGGCACUGCCCGCCUCGGGGGGCCCACGGUCCCGCAGAGAGAGGCCCACCAGGGGCCGAUCGCCCGCGUCUACAUCCUGCAGGAUGUCGACUUCCCGCCUGGCGCGCCGGAGCACCUUUGGAGCGAAAGCAGCACCGGCUUCAGGCUGAUGCUCCACUACCUCAGGAUGCAGCGCCACGCCCGCGGGGAGAAGUGGACCAAGACGUUGGUUGGCCUGUGCUACGACCCCAUACACACGGUGGUGGUGACGGCUUUCGUGAAGACCUGGAUGCUGGACUGGGCCGCGAACGAGGACGGGCCGAAGGACUACCACUCGAUCAUGCUGCUCGUCUGCCUCUACAUCUUGUCCACCGCCCUGAACAGGUGGGGAGACCAGGUCCAGACGAAGAAUCGCGGUCGGACCGGGGCCAUCAGGAUGGGACACCGCAGGGACUUGUUCUGCAAGAAGAUGAUGCUGGAGCACGUCGAGCACUGCCGGGUGCCCGCGGAGCAGUGGUUCUACGUGGCCCUGCAGAACGUCGACGUGGUCACCAUGGACGGCUACUGGCAGGGGUUCCUGUUCCUGCAGAGCGUCUUCGCCCUGCUGCUCUCCAUCACGGUCAUCCUCGUCCAGGCGGGUCUUCACGCCCAGUACACGCCUGGGCACACCAUCACGUUCGCCAUGCUGUUCCUGCUCGUGCCGGUGGCCGUCUGCCUGAGCAUAGCCCGGCGGGUGCGCACGGAGGUGCUGCUGACGAGGCGCAUGGAGGACGAGGCCAUGUGGGUGGACACUUGGGCCUGGCUCACCAACGCGGGCUCGCAGCUGUUCAGCUUCGGGCCCAGGGAGAAGGCCCGGGUGGAGGCCAGCUUCGCGGCGGAGAGCAAGGAUUUUGUGGGCUGGCACCAGAAAGCACGCGACGAGAUGAACGACACAGCGUGGAUCAUACACUGGGGCACCGCGACCUCCUACGCCCUGAUCCUCGGGCACGGCGGCAUCGCCCUGCUGCGUGGGGAUAUGACCGCCGGCCAGUUUGUGCUGCUCUUGAACAUCGCCAGCUCCUACAGCAAAUACCUCGGCAGAGCCUACGAGAGCGUGGUCUAUCUGCAGCGGGGCAGCGUCUCCCUGAAGCGGCUCUGCAGGCUCAUGAACUUGCCAGAGCACAAGUCUCUGCAGGAGGCCCUCGGGAAGGAGGCGCGGGAGCCGCCCGAGGAGAGUCGGCGCUCCCGGCGCAGCUACACUCAGCUCAUGGACCUGCGGCAGCUGGAGUUCCGGGAUGUGCGGCUGGACCUCCCCAGAGACCACGACCUCGGGCCCCUGAGCGCGCUGCGGCUGCGGUCGGACGAGGCGCUGAGCAUCCCGCUGGGCAGGGUGGUGCGCAUCCGCGGCGGCUCGGAGGGUCUGCGGUACAGCUUCAUGGCGCUGGCAUCGGGCGUCGUCCCGCCAACCAGGGGCAGCGUAGUCUGCCCCGGCGACGUGUGGGCCAUCAUGAUGGCAACGACACCGAUGAGGUCCAGCCACCUCACGGUGCUUGAGGCGCUGAUGCUGGCUGGCGCCAAGAAGGAAGUCGCCGAGAACUUGGCACGUGCAUUGUGCCUGGCCGCGGACCUGGACACGAGGGCUCUGGCUCCUGGCGAGCUUCAGACACUGACCCUCGUGCGCGCCCUGCUGCGCGAUCCCGACGUCCUGGUGGCCUCGCGGCCGCUGAGCUACGUGCUGCGGGGCUUUCGCGCCAACCUCGUGCGGCUGCUGCGUGCCUGGCAAGCUGGCGGCGCUGGGGCCGUGCUGAGGGUCGCGGGCGACGUGACGGCGAGCAUCGGUCCGGAGCUGGCGCUCCAAGAGACGUUGCCGCUGAGGCCCGACGGGCUGGGCUCCGCGGAGCCCAGCGCCUGGAGGCGCGGCAACCACCGCCGCACGCUGCUGAUCACCGACGAAGACAUGGGGCGAGAUGUCGACCCGUGCGACGUCUUCGUGGACCUCGACGAGGUCGUGGAGGUGGCGCCCCCCUCUGGCAGCGGCCGCGGGACCGAGAGCUGGGCGCCCCUGGGGGCGGCGAAGGCGCGCUGGCAGCUGUGA